GAUAAUUUUUUAUUAAGGCUAUUCUACGGACGAAAAGAGCAAUCUGCACAAAAUUGACCAAAACUGUCAAAAUUCAAAUAAACUGCUUAGUCGUAGGGGAGGAGGGAGUCCAUUAACUGACAUCCCAAAACAAAUGCAAAAAUUUCAGAGAAAUGACAAAUUGCUGCGUUUAGUACUCCUACUCUGUUGCCGCUCUGCUGCCGCUGCUUUUGACACACAAAAAGAGAUAACAUAAAAGCGGAGAGAGAGAGUGUGUGUGUUAAUGUCAAAUUCUCAUUGAGGGAGAAGCAGAGACUUUAACGUCUUCAAUUAGUUAAAAAGAAAACACAAAAAAUAAACAAUAACCUACGUUCCUGUUUUUUAUAUGAGCAAAAAUCUGAAGAAAAAAGUCAACCAAAACUUUAAAAAAUAGAGACUGAUUUGCUUUGAAACAACAACUUAACUAACAUCCAUCGAAGCAAAACAAACCGAGCAAAUUCUAACACACAAUAACCAAAUUCCAGUGUUUUGUGUUUUGGCCAAUGACAGACAACAGCAGACAACUACAAGAGCUACAUCAUAUACUGCAAUCACCACCUAGCCAAAUGUAAUGUGUUUGAAUACCCAGCAAUUUCCAGAAACUGAAAAAGAAGAGGCAGUACAAUUAAAACUAAAAGUCUCCUUUGUUAGAAAGGCCAUAAAACCAAAUAACUAAACAACCACGCUCUAAGCACGUUUCACCAGGCAAACUCUAGCCACAGCAGAGGCACCACACACACAUACUGAAGAUGGGUAAGCGCAUUGUUGUUGAAUCUCAUGACCACCAUCAUCAGCAGCAUAGCAAUAACAAUCAUCAUCAUGUUACACCGGUCACAACCGGAGCACGUAAUAUACGUAAACGUAAAUGUAAUUCAAACGGCAAUGCCACAGAGCAGCACCACGCCAAUGAUAAAAUCAACAACAGCAAAGCUAAACGUAUGAGUUCUUCAUCGGGCCAUGAAUGGCAUGAAAACGAUGACGAGGAUUCAUCAUCAAAUGAUGGUCCACCGGAGGUAGCACAAACUCCACGUAACCUAUCAAGUAAACAAGCCAACAAUUCCUCGAUACUCCUAAAUAAUUCCCUAAACAUAAGUCUGGCAAAUGAACCGAACGCAUCACUGACGGAAUCUCCAAAACCGGUAUAUACCCUGAGACCAUCCGUUGUCAAUGGCACCGUGUUGUAUGACUUGAAUGAGAAACCAUGGCGUUUGGGCCGUCCAAUUGGCAAAGGCAAUUUUGGUGAAAUAUUUUUAGCAUCUGAUAACAUCAGUAUUCCGGUCACAAAUGAGAAUGCAAAAUUUGUUGUUAAAAUUGAGCCGCACUCAAAUGGACCGCUCUUUGUUGAAAUUCACUGUCUGAUGAACACUGCCAAAAAGGAGAAAUAUAUUAAAACGGAGCCAAAAGUUGAAGCCCACAAAUCGGCCACCACAACAACAUCAGCCGCAAAUCCUCCCAUACUCUCAGAACCUCCAUCCGGUAUACCCGAUUACAUAGCGUCUGGCUCGCAUUUUUUCGGCAAUGCAAGAUAUCGUUUUUUGGUUUUGCCACGUUUCGAUCGAGAUCUGCAUUCACUCAUCAAAAAGUGUCGUGUCCAUCAGAAAUCUGUGUUGACGCUGGCGAUACACAUAAUAAACGUCUUAGAAAAUUUGCAUGACAAAGGAUACUGCCACAAUGAUGUCAAGGCCCAGAAUCUUAUGAUAUCGAAAUGCAAAUAUUUCGCACAAUCACGGAAGGCUUCCCCGGCAAACGAAAAUGAGGCUUCAUGUUACAGUACCACAACUUCGAACAAUGGUGGUAAACACAUAAAAUCUUCGUCAAAAUACGAUGAUCACUACGAGGAGAAACAACAAACGACGGAUAGUGGUAAUAGUUCCGAGCAAGAGGCCAACGAUGACGAUGAUGAGGAUUUUGUGGUUAAACGUAAAGUUUAUAAUAGAGUCAUAGAUGACACUUAUCAUGAUGGCGAUGAUGACGACGACGAAGAGGAGGAGGAAGAAGAUGAGGACGACGAUGAAGAUUUUGAUGAUGGCGCCACCACAAACAGUACCAACAGCAACAGUUUGGAUAACUACCGCACACCGAUCCACAAAAAACGUACACAGAAACAAAAAUCCUCUCGCAGUGUAGUUCCGUAUAGUGGUUCAAACCCGGUGAGGUCAUGUCGCCGUGAAAAAAGUAAUCCCAUGUAUGAUGAGAUGGUCUCAUCGCAUUAUCUUCGGCCAACGAAACGUGUCAGCUAUUUGGAAUUCUUCAAUGAAGACAAUGCAAGUAGUAGUAAUAGUGUGGCAGACGAUGUGCAAAGCAUAUCGUCUGACGACGAAUCAGAGGAAUUUGUGCCACCGGGCAGUGCAAAAAAAUCCGUUGGCAGAAGCAGUAAUCGUCGCCUCACCCGACGUCAAGAACAGCUACUGGCGAAAAAUAAUAAAAAACUUGCAUCCAUAAAACGUAACAAACGACAUCAGGAGGAGGAGGAGGAAGAGAACGAUAAAAAGAAAUCCAUCAAAGCUGAGGCCACACAAGAAGAGGAACAACAGCAAAGGAUUUUAGUCGAAGAUGAACGUAUUUUUCUCAUCGAUUAUGGUCUGGCUUCAAAGUUCAUGGACAAUGGUAUACAUCGUCCAUUUGUCAUGGAUCAGCGUAGAGCCCAUGACGGUACAUUAGAAUUUACAUCCCGCGACGCUCACAUGGGUGCCCAUUCCAGGCGCAGUGAUAUGGAAUGUUUAGGCUAUAACCUACUUUUCUGGUCACAGGGCUAUCUGCCCUGGAAGGAAGCCGCCACAAAUCAACAGCAGGAGAAGGUGCAUCGGGCCAAGGAAUACUUGAUGACCGAUGUGCGUGAGAUGCUGAGGCAAAUAUAUGGCAAACAAGUUCCCAAAUAUCUGGGCGAAUAUUUACAUUUAGUUGGCCAGUUGAAUUAUCAUGAACGUCCAGACUACAGUCGUUAUAGGCGCCUUUUCGAAAGGGAAUAUGAACAAUUGGGCUACCCCUUGGCCGAUAUGCAUUUGAAAAUGUCGGAAAUUCAACGCACCUGUGUACGUGUCAAAGAAGAGAUUGAAAACAAAAAUGAUUUCUUUGAUAUGAAUCGGGCAAAUGGUGUAUUCAACAUGGCCUAUAAUGUCAUGCAUUCCGCAGUGGGAGGCACACCAUUCCAUGAACGUACCCUCUCGAAUCGGGUGUCACCCAAAAAUUUGCGCUCCAAAUCGGACAAAAAAGCAACGAAGAAGAAUAAGUUCUCAUGGACCGAGAUUCUAUCACAAGAUCCUGAUCUAAUUGCGCGUGAAAGGGCUGAACGCGAAUUUGAUCGGGAAGAAGAGUUGAGUGACAUACAACAAGAUACAGUAAGGCGUUAUCAAGGCAAGCCUACCUAUGCCAUACGUCAGGUUUUGCAUAGAAUGGGUUGUCCGGUUGAGCAAUAUGAACAGCAAAGAGAUGAAGAAAUCAAGGCAAGGCUUAAGGAUAAAAUUAAACAGGAUAGAGAAGAGCAAAACGAUGUUGAAAUGGAGGAGUGUGAUGAGGCAGAUGGUGGGGCAGGAGACAAUUGUGAAGCCAUGGAUGUUGAUGAUGAUGUGAAUGAAAGUGAAGAGGUUGAAACCGAUGCUACCGACAACUCAGAGCAAGUGCACACAACGAAUUCUCGGCGUCAAAAAGUUAGCAGCAGUCGAGUGCGUAGCAGUACCAGCAAUAAACGAACAAAAGUGUCCGCCGCCCGUAAACUUGUGCUGAAAACACCAAACGGUGUGGCAUCGGAUACGCCAGUGGAUAAAAAAACUACACGCAAAAAAUAUGCCAGUAAAGUGAAAAUGCUGUCACCUUCAAAUUCCACGCCCGUUACAUCAAUUGUUUCGACUGCGAAAACGGCCAAGUCAACGGCAAAGUCAACAACCAAACGUGGCAGUGCCAUGACCAAAAGCAGUCGCAAAACAGCUAUUACAUCAGCAGCAGUAGCAGCAGCUUCUGCCGCCGGUGAGGUAGAACAACAUGAACAAUCUUCGAAUACAAAGAGGGAACGCCGCACCAGACGGUGUCUUCUCAAGACUGAACAAGUUGGUCUUUUGGAUGACGAUUCGAAUUCCAAUUACACGCCUGAGGGAUAUAUGUGGAAGGCUGGCAAUCACACGGAAAGCGUUUACACACGUAAUUGUAAAAAAUGAUUUGUUAAAUGGAAAACUAAAGGAAUGUUCCCUCACACCACUAACACCGUCAUCACUGUUAUCAUUGAGGCGGUUCCUAUAGACAUUUACCUUAAUUUCCAAAACAAUAAUUGUUGUUCAAAACAUUUUUUUAUUAUUUAAAUAAUUCCAUUUAUGAUUUUGGAAAUAGUUUAUUUUACUAUGAUUUCGUUAAAAAGAAAAAUAACUUGGAAACUAGUGGAUACACCUUUUAAUUUUCUAAAAUUACAAAAUAUGCAAAAAAACAAAAUAAGCAAAAAUUAUACAAAACAAAAAAGAUUUUGUUAAGUAAGUCAAUACAAUAACUAAGGAAACAACAACAGAAAUUUACAGAAAAAGUAUUAAAUAUAUUUUGGAGCUGCUGUGCUUUAAAUAUUUAUAAAAUUAUUUCGUUAUAAAAAGAAAGAAAAAAACCAACAUGGAUGUAUUUUUAAAUUCAUAAUAAGAAAGAAAGAAAAACAUUGCAAGUAAAAAUGCUUUACACAAUAAGCGUGAUGAUGAUGCUCUUAAGGUAUAAUAAAAAAACCAUACAACAAAUAUGGCAUGUAUUCAACAAAAACAAAUUCAAUAACUUUAGAAUUUUCAAUACAAACAAAAAAAAAAAAACAAAUGGAAAUUAUUCGAUAACAAGUAAUAAUACAACUAGUUAAUAAAACUUCUAAAAAUCACUUAGUAAAUAUAUAUAGAAUAAAACAAGAAGAACACAUUCAUAAAAUGACAUUGAAUAUUAUUGAAAUACAACACACAACCACACACACACACGUACGCGUAAAACCCCACAACUUAGUUAUUAAACAAACAAACAAAAAGAAAGUGAAUUUUAAUGAAAGAAACUUAAUGAAAGAAACGCAUAUAAAUGAUGCGUUUUAUGUUUGGUAUUUUGAAAUUGUAUUUAUUUUGUUUUAUACUACACAUAUAACAACAAAAAGUGGUUUUGUUUUAUUUUUAAACGAUUACAAAAAUUGAAUUCAAUUCAUUUUUAUUCUUAACAAAAAAACAUUAGUCAAAUCAAAAAAACACGAAACAAAUAUUCAUCCUAUAAUAAAAGAAAAUCCAAUCACCUUUCCGUUACCGCUUCUAACGCGACAUUGUAACCACCAUACCCCACAUACAUAUUAUUGCAUUGCAACAGACUACCUAUCAGCCAUUUCACAUUAUCCCCACAAUCAUAUUUUUUAAACUGAUAUUUUUUUCUUUUGUUAAGUUCUUAUGUUAAUUUAAUUAUUAUUUUUAACCUGUUUAUCCGUUUGUGUCAGUUAGCUAUUAUAAAUAUAUAUACAUAUAUGAAAUAUAAAUUCUUAAUUUUUUAAAUUCAUUUGUUUUUCUAUUAUCUCCCCGCCCCUAUGUGGAUUCUUAUUAUUAUUAGUAUUAGUUGUAACUAUUUAAAAUUCGUAUAAGUAAAGAAGAAUACAAAACAAAAAGAAACCUAAAAAUAUUAAUUUUUAAAGAAAUAAAAAUCAUUAAAUUAGGCUAUACAGAAACAAAAAAACACCCCCUCAUAAGAAACAAAUUAUCUUUAAAAAUACAAGAAGAGAAAACCCCCAUGAAACACACAAAAUCAAAUAAAAAUUAUAUUAAAUUAAA